GACGUUCUCACGGAGCCGGAGCGGGCUGUGAACGGCCCCUGCGGCCGGCUAAGGGCAGUAGGCAUCCUUGUCUGAGCGGCUGGAGCUGGAGCGUCGUCCCAGAGAGCUGGGGCAGGGGGCCGUGCCCGAUCUCCAGGGCUCCUGGGGCCACUGCUGACCUGGCUGGAUGCAUCGGGCAGUGGACCCUCCAGGGGCCCGCGCUGCUCGGGAAGCCUUUGCCCUCGGGGGCCUGAGCUGUGCUGGGGCCUGGAGCUCCUGCCCGCCCCAUCCCCCGCCUCGGAGCACAUGGCUGCCGGGAGGCAGAUGCUCGGCCAGCAUUGGGCAGCCCCCACUCCCCGCUCCUCUACCCCCUUCACAUGGCAGUAGCUCUGGGCACCCCAAUAAGCCCUAUUAUGCUCCAGGGACAUCUGCUCCACGACCCCUCCACGGAAAGUUGGAAUCUCUGCAUGGCUGUGUUCAGGCGCUGCUCCGGGAGCCAGCCCAGCCUGGACUGUGGGAACAGCUCGGGCAGCUGUAUGAGUCGGAGCAUGACAGUGAGGAGGCCAUAUGCUGCUACCACAGCGCCCUGCGAUAUGGAGGAAGCUUUGCAGAGCUGGGGCCACGGAUUGGCCGGCUGCAACAGGCCCAACUCUGGAAUUUUCAUGCUGGCUCCUGCCAGCACCGAGCCAAGGUCCUGCCCCCGCUGGAACAAGUAUGGAACUUACUGCACCUUGAGCACAAACGGAGCUAUGGGGUCAAGCGGGGGGGACCCCCGGUGAAGCGAGCUGCCGACCCCCCAGUGGUGCAGCCCGUGCCCCCAGCCCCACUUACGGGCCCCCCUGGGGAGGAGGGCCUGAGCCCCGGGGGCAAGCGCCGGAGAGGCUGCAGUGCUGAGCAGACUGGCCUUCCCCCAGGGCUGCCACUGCCCCCACCACCUCCACCACCACCUCCACCACCUCCACCACCACCACCACCACUGCCUGGCCUGGCCACCAGCCCCCCAUUUCAGCUGACGAAGCCAGGUUUGUGGAGUACCCUGCAUGGAGAUGCUUGGGGCCCCGAGCGCAAGGGUUCAGCACCCCCAGAGCGCCAGGAGCAGCGGCACUCGCUGCCUCACUCAUAUCCAUACCCAGCUCCGGCCUACCCCGCGCACCCCCCUGGCCACCGGCUGGUCCCAGCUGCACCCCCAGGUCCGGGCCCCCGCCCCCCAGGAGCAGAGAGCCAUGGCUGCCUGCCUGCCACCCGUACCCCCGGAAGUGACCUUAGAGAGAGCAGAGUUCAGAGGUCGCGGAUGGACUCCAGCGUUUCACCAGCAGCAACUACCGCCUGCGUGCCUUACGCCCCUUCCCGGCCCCCUGGCCUCCCCGGCACCACCGCCACCAGCAGCAGCAGCAACGUGGGUCUCCGGGGCGUGGAGCCGAGCCCAGGCAUUCCCGGCGCUGGCCAUUACCAAACACCUGCGCUGGAGGUUUCCCACCAGGGCCGCCUGGGGCCCUCGGCACACGGCAGUCGGAAACCGUUCCUGGCGGCUCCCCCUGCCACCCCGCACCUGCCCCUGACACACGGAACCCCCUCGCCCCCUCCGCCCCCCUGUCCCCGCCCUCUGCGCCCCCCAGCCCCUCCAGCCUGGCUGAAGGGCCCAGCAUGCCGGGCAGCUCGCGAGGACGGAGAGAUCUUAGAGGAGCUCUUCUUUGGGACUGAGGGACCACCCCGCCUUCCUCCCCCUUCCCUCCCCCACCGUGAGGGCUUCUUGGGGCCUCCAGCCCCCCGCUUUUCUGUGGGCACUCAGGAUUCGCACACCCCUCCCACUCCCCCAACCACCAGCAGUAGCAGCAGCAGCAGCAGCAAUGGCAGCCACAGCAGCAGCCCUACUGGGCCUGUGUCCUUCCCCCCACCUCCCUAUCUAGCCAGAAGUAUGGAGCCCCUUGCCCAGCCCCCCAGCCCCACGCUGAGCCCCCAGGACCCGCCUCUCGCACCUCUGACUCUUGCCCUGCCUCCAGCCCCUCCGUCCUCCUGCCACCAAAAUACCUCAGGAAGCUUCAGGCGCUCGGAGAGCCCCCGGCCCAGGGUCUCCUUCCCAAAGACCCCCGAGGUGGGGCCGGGGCCGUCCCCUGGCCCCCUGAGUAAAGCCCCCCAGCCUGUCCCCCAUGGGGUUGGGGAGCUGCCUGCCCGAGGCCCACGGCUCUUUGAUUUUCCCCCAACCCCACUGGAGGACCAGUUUGAAGAGCCAGCCGAGUUCAAGAUCCUCCCGGAUGGGCUGGCCAACAUCAUGAAGAUGCUGGAUGAGUCUAUUCGCAAGGAGGAGGAGCAGCAACAGCAGGAGGCCACUGGCAUCCCCCCGCCCCCGCUGAAAGAGCCCUUCGUAUCUCUGCAGCCCCCCUUCCCCACCGACACAGCCCCCACCCCCACUGCUGCUUCCACAGCCGCUGCUGCCACCACCGCCACCGCCACCACCGUGGCCACCCAGGAGGAGAACAAGUCACCACCAGCCCUACCACCACCACCGCCUCUAGCCAAGUUCCCUCCGCCACCCCAGCCCCAGCACCCCCCACCUGCCCCGGCCCCGGCCCCAGCCCCCACCCCAGCCCCCGCCCCAGCAGCCAACCCUGCCAGUCUGCUCAAGUCCUUGGCCUCUGUGCUGGAGGGACAGAAGUACUGUUAUCGGGGGACCGGAACAGCUGUUUCCACGCGACCUGGGCCCUCACCCACUACUCAGUAUUCCCCCGGUCCCCCAUCAGGUGCUACCCCCCCAGUGCCCACCUCAGCGGCCCCCAGUGCCCAGGGCUCCCCACAGCCGUCCGCUUCCUCGUCAUCUCAGUUCUCUACCUCAGGCGGGCCCUGGGCCCGGGAGCGCAGGACAGGCCAAGAGCCAGCCCUGGGCCCCACGCCCCCUACCCAGCCACCUCCGCCCCCACUCACUGCGCGCUCAGAGUCUGAGGUGCUAGAAGAAAUCAGCCGGGCGUGUGAGACCCUCGUGGAGCGGGUGGGCCGUGGCGCCUCCGAUCCGGCCCACCCUGGGGACAUGGCAGAGCCAGCAGACAGCGGGGCAGAGCGGCUGCUGCCUUCCACACAGACCAAGGAGGAGAGUGGGGGGGCAGCGACAGCGAUGGCGACCGCCAUGGCGGUGGCAGCAGGGCCAGGCAGCAGCAAGCGGCGGCAGAAGGAGCACCAGAAGGAGCACCGACGGCACCGGCGGGCCUGUAAGGACAGCGUGGGCCGGAGGCCGCGUGAGGGCAGGGCCAAGGCCAAGGCCAAGGCCCCCAAAGAAAAGAGCCGCCGGGUGCUGGGGAACCUCGACCUGCAGAGCGAGGAGAUCCAGGGUCGUGAGAAGGCACGGCCAGACCUUGGUGGGGCCUCCAAGUCCAAGCCACCCACGGCGCCAGCUGUAACCCCACCGGCUCCGGCGUCCUCAGCACAGCCCACGGCCCCCUCAGCUCCUGGCCCUGGCCCCGGGAAAAAGACUCGGGAGGAGACUCCGGGACCCCCGGGGGUGAGCCGUGCUGACAUGCUGAAGCUGCGCUCGCUCAGUGAGGGCCCGCCAAAGGAGCUCAAGAUCCGGCUCAUCAAGGUGGAGAGUGGCGACAAGGAGACCUUCAUCGCCUCUGAGGUGGAGGAGCGGCGGCUGCGCAUGGCCGACCUCACCAUCAGCCACUGCGCCGCAGAUGUCGUGCGUGCCAGCAAGAACGCCAAGGUGAAAGGGAAGUUCCGGGAGUCUUACCUUUCCCCCGCCCAGUCUGUGAAACCCAAGAUCAACACCGAGGAGAAGCUGCCGCGGGAGAAGCUCAACCCACCCACCCCCAGCAUCUAUCUGGAGAGCAAACGGGACGCCUUCUCCCCAGUGCUGCUGCAGUUCUGCACAGACCCGCGCAAUCCCAUCACGGUCAUCCGGGGCCUGGCAGGUUCCCUGCGGCUCAACUUGGGCCUUUUUUCCACCAAGACGCUGGUGGAAGCGAGUGGCGAGCACACAGUGGAGGUGCGCACCCAAGUGCAGCAGCCCUCAGAUGAAAACUGGGAUCUGACGGGCACGCGGCAGAUCUGGCCCUGUGAGAGCUCCCGCUCCCACACCACCAUUGCCAAGUAUGCACAGUACCAGGCUUCGUCCUUCCAGGAGUCACUGCAGGAGGAGAAGGAAAGUGAAGAUGAUGAGUCUGAGGAGCCAGACAGCACCACCGGCACCCCUCCGAGCAGCGCACCAGACCCCAAGAGCCAUCACAUCAUCAAGUUCGGCACCAACAUUGAUCUGUCUGACGCCAAGCGGUGGAAGCCCCAGCUGCAGGAGCUGCUGAAGCUGCCCGCCUUCAUGCGGGUAACGUCCACGGGGAACAUGCUGAGCCACGUGGGCCACACCAUCCUGGGCAUGAACACUGUGCAGCUAUACAUGAAGGUCCCUGGCAGCAGGACGCCAGGUCACCAGGAGAACAACAACUUCUGCUCGGUCAACAUCAACAUCGGCCCCGGUGACUGUGAGUGGUUCGCGGUGCACGAGCACUACUGGGAGACCAUCAGCGCCUUCUGUGACCGGCACGGCGUGGACUACCUGACGGGCUCCUGGUGGCCGAUUCUGGACGACCUGUACGCGUCCAACAUCCCCGUGUACCGCUUUGUGCAGCGGCCCGGGGACCUCGUGUGGAUCAACGCAGGGACCGUGCACUGGGUGCAGGCCACGGGCUGGUGCAACAACAUCGCCUGGAACGUGGGGCCUCUCACCGCCUAUCAGUACCAGCUGGCCCUGGAGCGAUACGAGUGGAACGAGGUGAAGAACGUCAAGUCCAUCGUGCCGAUGAUCCACGUGUCCUGGAACGUGGCGCGCACCGUCAAGAUCAGCGACCCCGACUUGUUCAAGAUGAUCAAGUUCUGCCUCCUGCAGUCCAUGAAACACUGCCAGGUGCAGCGUGAGAGUCUGGUGCGGGCCGGGAAGAAAAUCGCCUACCAGGGCCGGGUCAAGGACGAGCCCGCCUACUACUGCAACGAGUGCGACGUGGAGGUGUUCAACAUCCUGUUCGUGACGAGCGAGAAUGGCAGCCGCAACACGUACCUGGUGCACUGUGAGGGCUGCGCGCGGAGGCGCAGCGCGGGCCUGCAGGGCGUGGUGGUGCUGGAGCAGUACCGCACCGAGGAGCUGGCGCAGGCCUACGACGCCUUCACGCUGGCCCCGGCCAGCACGUCGCGAUGAGGCCCAGCCUGCACAGGGCGCCCGCCGCGGGGCCACCAGCACACGCCUGGGCUGGACCUGGGUCCCGCCUCCGGCCGCCAAGGGGUCGGGCCCAGCCCUUCCACCUUACUGGCAGCUCCCCCUCACUUAAUUUAUUAAGAAAAAGUUUUUUUUAAAACAAAUAUGAGGAAAAAAAGGAAAAAAAAAAGGGAGACGGGGCGGGGGUCUGGCAGCCCCUCCCCGCCCCAGCGCCUCCCUCACCGACUUUGGCCUUUCUAAGCAACAGACACAAGGACCAGGCCCCGCGGAGGCGGCGGGGGUCGCAUACGGGUUCCCUCACGCCUGCCGCCCGCCCCGGCGCCCGCGCGGCUCGUGUGUACAUAGACUUCCGGCAGCCGAGGCCCCGAGCUUCUCCCCACGGACGCCCCCUGCCCGGAACCGCCUUGUUGGCUUUGUUUCCUUUUUUUUUCUUUGUGACUCCCGCCCGACGCUGGCUGACCCCUGUCCGUGUCUCUCGUUUAGUCACUCGGUUAUGAUUUGUAUUUUUUUUGUUUUGUUUUUAAUUUAUAACAGUCCCACUCACCUCUAUUUAUUCAUUUUUGGCAAAACCCAACUUCCCGCAACGCCUCCCCUGACCCCCAGCCAUCGCUCCUCCCCAUCUCGCGCCCCUGCCCUGCGGGGACCUGCCCCGGCCGCCCGCCCCGUCGGGCCGGCUUCUCAUGGUGCUCAAGCCCGCUCCCCUCCCCUGCGUCCUGCACUUUUUUCUCGGACCAGUGCCCCCCCCCAGACCCCGACCUCCACACCCGGUCCCCCCAACCCCGCCUGAGGGUGAGCGACUCCUGUACUGUAGGGGAAGAAGUGGGAACUGAAAUGGUAUUUUGUAAAAAAAAAAAAAAGAAAAGAAAGAAAAAAGAUAAUAAUAAUAAUAAAAGAAAAAUUAAAUAAAUACAUAAAAUUUUAAAAUUUUUUAAAAGUUUUAAAGAAGUAUGAGGAAGAGGCGUCCCGACCUUCCUGCCGUUCCGGGGCCCUCAUCACUUGUUUUCGUUUUUGUUUUUUACGCUGGGGCUGCGGAGGGUGGGGGACCCCCAGUCCCACCCCCUCGCUCUGCACUGUCCCUCUGCUCCUAGGGCCAGAGGGGUCUUCCCAAUCCCAUCCCCCCUCGGUGAUUUUUGUGUGAGAAUAUUAAUAUUAAAAAUAAAAGCAGGGAAAAAAAAGCCACACAGAACCACAA